UCGUGGGCGUAGCGGCUUCCUUGUAAUGGCGACCGUGCCGUAGAUGUGCCCAGGGUUUUGUGAAAAUGAAGCGAAGAAGAAGUUAUUUCUUUUAACUACAAAAAAAAAACGGCCGAGGUCCCCCCCCGCCCCCGGAGGAGGACUUUUGCGUCUACAAACCAUCGUCUUCACACGCGGUGAACUUACAGUCGUACUUCUUUUUGAACUUUUCGGUUGCCCUGUUGAAAUGAUGAAGCUCAAGUCAAACCAAACCCGGACGUACGACGGGGACGGGUACAAGAAGCGGGCCGCCUGUCUGUGCUUCAGGAGCGAGAGCGAGGAGGAGGUGUUGCUGGUUAGCAGUAGUCGACAUCCUGACAAGUGGAUAGUUCCUGGAGGGGGAAUGGAGCCCGAGGAGGAGCCCAAUGUUGCUGCAGCCCGAGAAGUGUGUGAAGAGGCUGGUGUGAAGGGGACUUUAGGCCGCUUAGUUGGAGUAUUUGAGAAUCAGGAGAGGAAACACAGAACCUACGUCUACGUUCUUAUCGUCACAGAGGUGCUGGAGGACUGGGAGGACUCGGUCAACAUUGGGAGAAAAAGGGAAUGGUUUAAAAUAGACGAUGCCAUACAAGUGUUGCAGUGUCACAAGCCUGUGCAGGCCACCUACUUCGAGGCUCUCCAGGAGAGUUGCCUGACGAGUAACGGAACACCUUUGGUGGCCACGAUAGGUGGGGACCUCUCCCCUACCUACAGCAUCAAUCAGAGCUCCGUCUCGGGCAUCAGAUAACUAAAACCACAACUCUGACACCCCCGGAGCUUUCGCCACCACUUGCGCUCUUACUUGUGUCAUUUCUCUUCUCUCUCUUUUUUUUUUUGUUUUUGUUUUUGUUUUGUCUCAAUAACAUGGUUUGCCUUGCCAACUCCUUUGUGCCAGAACUGUGGCACAGACUUGAUGACAAGUGUCGGGGUGAAUAGUCUGAAACACUUUGUAAAUGUAAAUGUAAUUUUUGACCCCUCUUCUGUUUUUUUUUCUUUUUACUGACAACUGCAUGAAAUGUCCCCUCGCUUUCCUCAUUCUCUUUCCUUAACGCGCCCUUAGCGUGGUGUUUAUUGAAUGCAAGAACUACUUUUUACUGUUGUAAUGUAAAAGUGUAUACUUAGUGCUUAAGCUGAAGGCUAUUGGUGGUCUUUUUAAAUGUUUCCUCCAUUUCUAUUUUUAUUUCUCUGUGAAUGAAUGUGCCCCAUUAGUGUACUCCCCCUCUCCUGUUAAUGCGGAUAGGAAAUGUUGUCUGUAUCUGAAUGAACAGAAUUGUUGGAAGUGACUUGUCUUGCAUGAGCACUGUUUUGUUGUGUCUCACUCGCCCGAGUGACCUGAAGCCGACCGUGCAACGGACUCCUGGUAAGGUUUGGAUUCUCUUCAUUUUGGUCCUUUUAUCGUGGUUGGUGAUGUCGCUUGCAUAAGAAGGAUAUGGCCCCUAACUAAUCUUUCAAUUUCAAGUGUCAAGUGUGUUUCUCUCUCAUUGGGGAAGCUAGCCAAGCACUACAAGUUUCACUCUCAAACAGAAUAUAUUUACAGUGAAGAGAGUGGAAGAAUGUCAACCUACAAUGUAACAUGAACCACCUUUCUCCUCCGUGUCUUUUCCUUCUUUAAUCCUUUUUUUUUUUUUUUUUAAAUGCUUUUUUUUGUGACUGACUACAAAGUCUUCCUCCACAUACAGAGAGGGUAGAAUUAGUACAUUUCAAAAUCAUAAGACAUGUAAUUUCAGAACUCAACACAUAUCACUUAAGUUAUUAAAACCCAUUUUUCAUAUUUUACUCCUCACAUUCAGUUUGGUUUAAAAGCAUUUGUUUACAUUGUGUUCGUAACAUAGCACAGGUGACUUUAGCAGGCACUUUUUCAUUACAGUCAGGAGUUUUUUUUUUCCUCCCCCCUUAAGUAUUUAAUCUGCAUCCCCAAAAACACUCUAGACACCUGCUUGACAUUGAAAGUAAUGGAAUCUAUAAUGCUGUCUUUGGCAAGAUGCAGAACAAACAAGCCUUGUACAGUUUGAGACCUCAUUUUUAACAUGUAAAAUGCUUUUGGAUACUAGUUAUGUACUUUUUUGUUUUGUUUUUUCCUUCUAACGUCUGGCAAAAGUCUCUUUAGCCGAGCUGCGUCACUCGGUCCUAAUGCGGCGAGAGGCAGCAGGCUCAAUACUGUGAAACUGGAGGCGCUGUAGAUAGCAUGUUAGAGGUUUUUAUUGUAAAUUGUUUAUUUCUGUAUAGAUCAAAGGUGAGAGUACAAAUGACAGAACACCUCUUACACAUCUGUAGUCGUAAAUGUCUUUUCAACUGAGGCUGAACUGAUUGAACUCAAAGCGUUGGCUCUGGAGCUGUCGGGAUGUUUCUCUUGAGAUAGUAGGCAGUACAUCUGAGGCUAAAGAACAAGCAUUGUGGCUGUAGGCUCACGGUGAAAUGCCAAAUAUUAACCAACCAUUCUUAAAAGUCCUUAAAUUGAUAUUAAUGGGGUGGAAAAAGUACAACAGUUACAUUUAGAGCACUUUUUUUUUUUCCUCAUCAUUGUCCGAGUAGAAGUUUGAGUAAAUAAGACCCAUUGUCCUUUAUCCCAGCAGCCCACCACUCUCCUCAUUGUGAUUGUCCCAUAGAGGGCUUUAUUGAAAAAAAAAAAAAACUAAACACACCGCUGGUUUUCUGUCCGUAUAUAACCUUGAAUAACAGAAUCAGAAAAUUAGAACGCCAAUGUAUCACUUUAUAUCAUGACCUGUGGGAUAAACUCCCGUAGACAUGUUUGGCAUCAAUAGAGUAGAAAUAGCAUUCAAUUGGAAUUUUGGUUGAAUGUUAAAAAUACAUUUUUUUUUCCUUUUAGCUCAAUUUUGGCCUCCACCUAUUACAAUAGUCCUAAAUUCCAAAUUUUGUAUCCAUCUUGGUCUCCACUUGAAGCUUUUUGUGUCCAAUUUUCCCUCUUCUUUAUUUCAAGUAAAUUAUCAUCUGUACCUUUAAGUACUAAUCACUUUUGUAAUGAGCUGUCCAACAAUCACUCUUCUUUCUGCUCUAGUCUCCAUCAAUACCUAUCAACUUAAGACCAAUAUCCUCUCUUCUUUAGCCUCAGUUUUGGUUUCCUUAGCAACCACCAUUUCCCAUUUCCUUAGCAAUUAAAUCCUCCACAGUGUCCACCAGCUAGCUGCUAUCUCUGUCUGCUGCAAAUGGCUAACACCAUUGGGAGCUGUAGGUUUUAAGUGCUGACAAAACAUUAUCUUGGCUAAAAAUGACCGAAAAAUUAGCGCCCAAUACAGCACUAGAUUUGUAUUUGAAUAUGGACAGAGAACUUCAGUCGUCCAAACACAUUGAAAAUAAAGACUUAAUGGGAAAUUACAUUGAUGGCCGAGUGGAUCAAAUGCUGCCUGGGUAAAGAGGGCAGGACAUCUCUUCAUGGUGAGAGCAGUGGUUGUCUUUAUUAUUAAAGUUUUGCCCAUCAAAUGUUUGAGGGCCUGUAAACCGGGCCAGCGUACCCGGCUUCAGACAGACUGAAUUAUUGUCCUCUUCAAAAUAUGUGAAUGAAGACGUGUUUUUUUUCUCUCUCUGAAUGACAGCUGUCCAUGUGAAAAGAGUCUAAAGUCUCAUUUGCAGAAUUUAUAGCGGUGUGUCAGAAAGGUGUGGUGGCCAAAGUCUUGCUUUAUGAUGCCCUACCUGGCACCUCACAUGAGCUUUCAGGUGGAUCCAGACCUUCUAGUCUUUAUCGACCUGUAAAAUAAGACGAACCUGUGUAUUGCUUAAAAACAAAUCCAAAACGUAACCCUGGGUUGAUCUGCUCUGGACGGUUCGAUGCGGUUGACAUGUACUGUCAAAAUGAAUGUGAGGAGGAUCUCCACAAGUAUCAGUCGCUGACUAAAUCAUUAAUGACCACUCGUUCUUUAUCCAAUUUUUAUUUUCUGUUUUAUUCUUUAAUCUGUUGUGUUUAAUGACAGGCUAAUGUCGUGUGUACAGCUAACACAGCACCCUUACAGCCAGAGGAUGCACUUUGGCUUUCAUCAUCUAAAGAUAAUUGUCCCUCUUUUCUUUUUCUUUUUACCCCUUCAAAUUAAACAUUCGGACAGCUUCUAUCAUAAAGUGAGGUAGAAAAAUGAUGAAGUGAAUAACUCCACUUGGCAUGUUAAUGUGGAGUAAUGAUGGAGUAUUUAGCCCUUAUUUUCCCAGGAGAUUUGUCAUGUCACAAUUGGCUCUUUUGUAAAUUACAUCUAAGAAAAAAAAAAUGGAAGAAAUGAUCAGUCCAUACAAAGAACUAGAGCAUCACUUCCUUUUAAUUUACCAAAGGUGAUUUAGACACGUAUUGCCCCAUCCUGUGGCCAAAGCUAAAUUAUUAAAAGCACAUCACUUUGCCGCUGAGGACAUUCAGUUUCCUUUAGCAUGACCAUCGAGGCCGCUCUGGCAACUGAACGACUUUAUGAAUUAUAAAAUAAUUCAAAGCUGUUCUUAGUAAUCUGUUAAAGAUGACCCCCCUAAUACUUGGAAUUGAAUAACAACGUCAACAUGUGCACUUCUAGCCGUUGAGCUCAGCCUCGAAGAAGUGACAUACUUGUGUUCUUUGAGGCGUUUGAGUCACUGGACUUUUCUUUUCCUCUGUUGUCAUUUGGGACUGUGGAAUAAAACCAGUGCGAGAAGACUGAAGAUUGUAAUAUAAAUGUGCCAACAAAUAAACACCAGUAUUUCACAUUCUGA